GGUAACGUCAGCACGUUGACGCGGGGGUUUUCUCUGGCGGCUGCAGAACCCUGUCGGGAUUUGUGUAACUGCGCCUUUGGUCCCCACUACGUGGGCGAGGAGCGAGGUUUUCCGCUCGCCUGCAGGCGUGGUUUGUUGGGGUUGGUUUUGAGAGUGACUGCCCUCACCCUCCUCCCGGCGCAUUCUCCUCUGGGCCGCCUCGGAGCGGCGGCGGCGUCCCCGAGGACUCGGCUCAGGAGGACUAGCGGCCCAUCUCCGCUCCGGGCUCGGAUGGGAGGCGGCGGGAGGAGCGGCCUGGGAUGUUCAGUCUGAUGGCCAAUUGCUGCAACUGGUUCAAGCGGUGGCGGGAGCCCGUCAGAAAGGUGACUCUUGUGAUGGUGGGACUUGAUAAUGCUGGUAAAACGGCGACAGCGAAGGGAAUCCAAGGAGAAUAUCCUGAAGAUGUAGCUCCUACUGUUGGAUUUUCCAAAAUUGACCUUAGACAAGGAAAGUUUGAAGUCACCAUCUUUGACUUGGGAGGUGGAAAAAGAAUUCGAGGAAUCUGGAAGAAUUACUAUGCUGAGUCCUAUGGGGUAAUAUUUGUUGUGGAUUCAAGUGAUGAAGAAAGAAUGGAGGAAACAAAAGAGACAAUGUCAGAAGUGCUGAGACACCCUAGGAUAUCCGGAAAGCCUAUAUUGGUGUUGGCAAAUAAACAGGAUAAGGAAGGGGCUCUAGGAGAAGCUGAUGUGAUUGAGUGUCUUUCUCUGGAAAAGCUGGUCAAUGAGCACAAGUGCUUGUGUCAGAUAGAACCUUGUUCAGCAGUCUUGGGAUAUGGAAAGAAAAUUGACAAGUCCAUUAAAAAGGGCCUUUAUUGGCUACUACAUAUCAUUGCAAGGGACUUUGAUGCCUUAAAUGAACGCAUCCAAAAAGACACAGCAGAACAACGUGCUCUUGAGGAGCAAGAGAAGCGAGAAAGGGCUGAACGUGUACAGAAAUUACGAGAAGAAAGGAAUUCCAAAUUUUUUCCUUCAAAAUAUAGAGAACAAAGAGAGCAAGAACAGGCUGAACUCCAUGGAACCAGUGGUAUGGCUGAGUUGGACCCAGAACCAGUUAUUGUUAAUCCUUUCCAGCCAAUAGCAUCUGUAAUCAUUGAGAAUGAAAAAAAACUUGAAAGAGAGAAAAAGAGGCAAAAUACAGAAGACAGUGAUGGCUGCCCCCUGAAACAUAAAAUGGAGCAUGAGCAAAUAGAGACACAGAGCCAGAUCAGUGACAGUAGCCAAAAAAACAGUGAGUUUGGAGUAGUAGAAAAUUAUAAGGAGGCAUUAACACAGCAGUUGGAAAAUGAAGAUGAGACAGACUGGAGAUCAUCAGAAUCAGAUAACAGUAAAAAGAAAGCUAAGAAACUAAGGAUGAAAAGGAGCCACCGUGUAGAACCUGUUAAUACAGAUGAUUCUGUUCCUAAGAGUCCAACACCACCCCCACCUCCUCCUCCUGUUGGCUGGGGAACCCCCAAAGUCACUAGACUUCCAAAACUUGAGCCUCUUGGUGAAACACGUCAUAAUGAUUUCUAUGGAAAGCCACUACCUCCCGUGGCUGUGCGACAGAGACCUAACAGUGAUGCUCACGAUGUCAUCUCAUAACCAAGUCAUAUGGAUGUGCUCUCUUUACAUCAGCAAGAUGAACUGGAGGACCUUCUUUCUCAAUAGAGGAAAACCUUGAAUGUCGAUGACUGGGGCAAGAUAACCAUAGCAAUAUCAGUGAGCCAAAGACCUGACUGUUCUGAUAAUUAAUUGCUUAUCCAUGGCCUUCAUGGUUUAAAAAAAAAAAAGACCAGCAAAUAGGAUGAGCAUUUGGAAAAAGUUAGCAAGAGUUAGUGUUGACUCUGGUUUAUACAUCCUCACUCAUGGGUGUAUUCCUGAAGGAAAACCUGUUCAAAAAAAGAGCCAAUGGACUCUGUAUACUUCCUUUACUAUUUAAUAGUCUUUAUUUCUUUAUUUUAAAUGUUUGUAAGAUAUAUGUGCAUGGAAAGGGGAUUCUUGGGAAUUUAUAACCUCAAUUUUUAACUUUUCAUAUUUUUCUAAAAUUUUGUUUAAGGAUUUUAAUUACUAUGAUAUUGACUGUGCACUUUUCUAUAGAUACUUUGUUUCAACUGUGUCUGGAAAAUGGAAUAGAUUUACUUGACAGACAUGAACUAUACAAAGGAGAUAUAUUUAUAUGGUUUGAAGUUAUGUUUUAUAACAGUAUUGUUCUUUAGUUAUACAUCUUAAUUUGACCUUAGGAUAUUUUUAAAAUAGAUUCUCACAUUUUACCAAAUUAUAUUAUUUGAAAGCACUAAUUAAUUGAAUGUUUGUUGCUGUUUGUUUUCUUCGAUGACAUUCCCAAUAAAUGAAAGACACUUGCAAUUCC